UGUCGCCAGUUCCUUUCCGGCCUACACUUCCCCGUGCCAGCUCUCCAGUGCGGCACUUUGGACCUCGACUGCUCCCACCAGACCCAUAUGUCUUCUGCAGCCCACCAACCUCAUGGUCUCCUAGGUUCAGGUACUGGUUCUGGGUGCCAGACACCCCAGCACCCACAACAGUCUGAGUUCUCCAGAGGUCCCUGGCUGAGGAGGAGUGGGGGACACUACCAGCAACCACAGAAAUAUGCUUAUAGAAACUUAAUAAGGAAAGUCUGCGGUAGAGUCCCUCAGAGAUGAGGAAAUGGAGGCUCAGGGAGACUAAAAUAACUUACUUCAGGGUUAACUGACAGCAGAACAGAGAUCAGGACUAGAACUCUAGACAACCAGGCAGAAUGGUUUUCUACUGUGUUGAGAUUUCCUACAGCCAAAUUGCAGAAAAGUAUAUCUGGGAGGAGAAUGUGAGCUAGGAUUGUGAUGUUUCAUGUGACUUUGGGGAAGCACAGAAAGAGUUCCCUUAGAUGUCCAGCUGAGGUUACCAGAGGCUAAAUGAGUGGAGGGGGCAGGGAGCUGAGACCCUGCCUUCAGCCAGCCCAAGUUUCUUUCUAAGCCUUCCCAGUCAUCUGACCCAGCUCCACCCUCAACACCAACGGAUCUUGCAGCUGCAGAAGCACAGUCGAACACCAAGGCCCCCAGCCAAGAAGCCCUGGUCUCGGCAGUCAGACACCUAUGCUAACCUCAUGACCCGCAAAGAGAAGGACUGGGUGAUAAAAGUGCAGAUGGUUCAGCUGCAGAGUGAGAAGCCCUGCCUGGAUGACUAUUACUACCAGAAAUAUUAUCAGAAACUAGAGAAGAAGGAGACAGAUGAAGAGCUGCUUGGACAAAGGAGCAAGGUGGAGUCCCUCAAGCUGGUAACACCUUACAUUCAGAAGGCAGAGGCUUACGAGUCAGUGGUUCGAUUCGAGGGUUCCCUGGGCCAGGUGGCCAUGUCAACGUGUUUUAGCCCUCGCAGAGCUAUUGAUGCUGUACCCCAUGGAACUCCAGAACCGGAGAUAGGAGCUGCAAGCAGCCAGAGGCUUCGGGUGUUGUCCUGGAUUGAGAAGAUGUUUCUUCAGUUACUAGAGAUAGAGGAGGGCCAGAAGAAUGGGCCUCCACAGUCCUGCUACUCUGAGCAGCAGAGAAACCAGGUUGAGAAGCUCUUCCAGGCCUUAAAGACCCAGGAGCAGGACAACCUGGAGGAGGCAGCAGAUGGCUUCCUGCAGGUGCUGUCAGUGAGGAAGGGGAAAGCCCUAGUGGCCCGGCUGCUCCCCUUCCUGCCCCGGGAUCUAGCUGUCAGCCUUCUUCUGGCGAUCAUCCACCAUCUGCCACUCCUGGUCAAGAGGGAUGCAGCUGAUCAGGUCCUACAAAUGUUAUUCAAGCCUCUGGGCAAAUAUAUCAGACACUUGACCUUCCAAGAACUCCUCCAAGGACUUCAGGGACUAAUGCUGCUUCCACCUGGCUCCUCAGAGCGGCCAGUCACUGUGGUGCUUCAGAAUCAGUUUGGAAUAUCUUUGCUCUACACCCUGCUGAGUCAUGGGGCACAGCUGGUAUCCCUGGAUCCAUCCCUGGAGGAACCCAGCAGUGACCAUACAGCUUGGACAGACAUAGUGAUUUUGAUCGCCUGGGAAAUAGCUCAGAUGCCUACAGCCUCUUUGGCUGAACCCCUAGCCUUUCCCACCAACCUCCUUCCCCUGUUCUGUCGCCACGUGGACAAACAACUGAUACAGCAGCUAGAGGCUACAAUGCAGCUUGCCUGGAUCUACUGAUCUCAUUGUUCUGGAAUACGGACAUGUGGGGAAAGUUUAAUCAUCAGACACUAGCUGUGCGAGCUAUGUCUACAGGGAUCCAAGAGUCUGAAGACAUUUCUUAUGCCUUGAUACAUUGGAGGACCCUACCCAAAACAUUUUCUUAGCUGUCUUCAAAAACCUGAGUGAUGUGCCUAAAAAGGCAUG